CUAUCUCCUGAAAGCUAGCAUUGGAGUUUUCAUUCGUCCACGGCAGAGGUUGCCACGAUAAUUGACCACUACAAUCAAAGGAGAUGGGGAGCAUGAGACGACGAGAGUGAUGGAUUUACUGAUGACGACGAGAGAUGGUAGGGAGUCAUUGAAUAUCGUAUAACACAAAAACACCUAAAAAAAAAAAGGUCAUUCGUCCGGGAGUUAAGUUGACCUUUUUCGUACCACGUAUGCCAGCCCUCCUCUACGCAGCGCGCAGUGUUGACAGAAAAUUGGCAGACGGUACGACUAGAACUACCACCGUUUCGUAGUUUUGUUGAUGCUGAAGCAGAUGUUUUUCGCGAGGAGCGAUUGCGUAUUAUGAUUGCGCCUUCAUAUCUUUUACAUGCAUCAAAAAGAAAGAUCCCACCUGUCCGUGAUCAUGAGGAGUUUCUUCAUUGAUAAACACAACGACAUCACCAGGUCUCUUCGUCGAGAGCCGAGUCAUCAGUCCCGUGGUCCGGAGAUUGUGGGGCUUCAGAGUGGUCGAGUGCCUCGCGUGGGAAGUUGAAACUGAAAUCGGGACGAGCCUGAUCUUCGAAGAGAUGCAAGAGCGUGGUCGGGGGCGAAUGCAGUCAGCGACACCACCUCCGGCGCAAGUCGUGGCGCGUGAGGCAAGAGAUCGGCGUCAGCGACUCGAGAAUCAACGCGCUGCGCGUCAGUGAUGCGAGCGCUUCCGCGCCCCAUGUGCGCGCGGCCGCGCCGGCGUAAUGCAUCCAGACAGCUGGGCCGGGGGCGGGGGCGGUGACCUCGCCCGCGCAGGAGCAGUCAGCGCCGGGGCUGGUUGGGUAGGCUGGUCCAGCGCCAUGGUUCUUGGCAGCCCCCGGCCUAUUACGCGCGCCGGCAGUCCUGCGCGCGCACCCCCUCGGUGGUGGUCGCCAUUAUUUCGCUCGCUGCGGCUGCCUGUGCCGUCUCCCGUAGCCGGGCGGCGCUGUGUUUGUCUCGUCUACGAAUGGAGCGCGCGGGCGCCGGCCGGGCGCCCUUUGCCCGGUCGCUUUGUGCAGGAAAUGCCCGAGGCGCCUGGCUUCGUCCGUGGGCGUGGCCAUUAAUUUGCGUGCCCCGAAGCAGCAGCCGGCGGGCCGCGCGCGCGCGGCUAGCUAGCAGUGGCUGGCCCCCCGGCCGGCCCAGUGAAGCAUGAAUGUGUGGAUGUUUGUG